GAAUCAUCCAAUAAGAAAGAAGUCAAUUGUCUAAUGUGUGAAACGUAUUACCAUUAAGUUACUUCUAGUAGAUACUCUUCAAACGUAUCUAGCAGUUGGCAUUUUUAAUUUUUCACCUUCUUUUCCGUAAUACACUUGUCAUUAUGAAAGUUUAAUUUAUUAUACUCCACAAAUUUCAUGUAAAACAUACAUACACUUUGGAUAUCUUUUAAAGGAACUGAAAGGAUUCUUUAACUAUUUCUGUGUUGUUCUCAAAUAUGAAUAUAUCACGAUAUUUACUGUUCCAUCAAAGCAGACUGUUCAUCACACCAACAUAUAUAUUCUUCUAACAAAAUACACUUUACAAACUUAUCUCUUAAACAAGUUCGUCGAAUGUUAUUUACUCAACUACAAGUGAAUAGUUUAGAACUACUGCCUUUACUGCACACUACUAACUCCUCUACUAGUCCAGAUAACUCAAAUAGUCCUACUGACAACAAACCAUUACUACAAUAUUCUGAUGCUGUGCAUACAACUUUCACUAUUAUCAAAGGGAUUAUCUACAGUGUAAUUAUUAUGUCAGCAUUAUUCGGGAAUGCCUUAGUAUUUAUUGCAUUUCUACGUUUUACACGCCUGCGACGUGUUCGUACAAAUAUAUUUUUAAUCUCUUUGGCACUAGCUGAUUUUAUUGUAGCCCUAUUAGUAAUGCCAUUCAAUGCAAUUAUGUCACUGUCAAAUCAUAAAUGGAUAUUUGGAAAGCUGUUUUGUGAUAUAUACAAUGCUACUGACGUUCUAUUCAGUACAGCAAGUAUCCUACACUUAUGUUGUAUAUCAACAGAUCGUUAUAUAGCUAUCAUUCAUCCACUGAAUUAUGAGGUGAAAAUGUCUAAAAAGCGGAUCAGUAUUCUGUUAUGUUUAACAUGGACUCUAUCCUUUUUUAUAUCUUUUAUACCUAUACUACUUGGUUGGCAUAAACCCUUUGCAAAGUUGCCUCAAUUCAUGACGCCGUCAAAUGGAAUGAAGCAGGUGUAUGCUGAUAGCACAAGGGAUGAUGCGGAGGAUGCAUUCACGUGUGAUUUUAAUGUAAAUCCUUAUUAUGCUACAAUAUCAUCAUCAAUUUCUUUUUGGAUACCAUCUGUAAUUAUGGUUGUUGUGUAUAUUCGUAUAUUUAUUGAGGCUAGAAGACAGGAGAGGAAGAUUGCACGACUACAGAUCAACUAUCAUCAAUAUGAUAAUAAUGAUAAUAAUAAUAAUAAUGAUAACAAUAAUAACGACAAUAUGAAGCCAUCACAAACACCCUCCUCAAUGAAAUCAUUAAAUUUACUUAAUACAAAAUGUCGCUCAGUAGAUAAACUAUGUACAAACUACACAGCACUGAGUAGACGAAUCGCAAAGUCAUCUUUUUGCGCUAAUUAUAAUAACAACAAUAAUAAUAGUUGCAGUACACCAUGCCUACAGAUCACAGAUGAACGUUACAAAGCUCAGAUAAAAAUUAAACAUGAGAGUAAAGCAGCACGUACAUUGGGUGUAGUGAUGGGCGCUUUCCUGUUGUGUUGGUUACCAUUUUUUCUAUGGUAUACUAUUACUAAUCUAUGUAAAUGUCCUUAUCCAAGUGUAUUACAAGAAAUACUCUUUUGGAUUGGUUAUUUGAAUUCAACGAUCAAUCCAAUAAUUUAUGCAUUUUAUAAUCGAACAUUUCGUAAUGCAUUUAUUAAGAUUAUUGAAUGUCAAAAAGCGACUACAUCAAGUGAUGAUCCCCAGCAGCAGAUGGAUAGUUAUCGAUCACCAGUUACCCGGAGAAAUAAAAUGGAUGCAUUAGUGGAUGGAAGGUGUGCUAGUGUUAGGAUAGAGGAUAGUAAUAGGUCGACAAAUGUUCCUUAUUUUACUGAAAAUAAAAGUAUAGAUUAUGAAGAAAAUAUUUAAAGCUGACGGAGAUUGUGUACAUUGUUUGAACAAUUUUGUUCAGUGAUGUUUUUAGCAUGAUGUUAAGCAAAAAGCAAAGCGGAAAGAUUUCCGAUGUUUGAGAAUAACAUUUUCAAACAAGCUUUCUUUUUAUUUAUUGUACAUAUUAUUAUUGUUAUUAUGAUGUUGCGAAUUAUGUUGUUAUGUGAGGAGAUUGACGGACACUUUGAUGAAGAGGUUAUUUUUUUCAUAUUUGGCUUAUUUUUCUUCCUGCUUGUUAUUUGAACGUAAUUCUCCAGGAGAGAUUUUUCAUGUUCUAGGACAUGAGACCUUUUAAUAUUGCUUGAGCACUGAUCGUAUUGUCCGGUUGUCCAGGCUCAAGUGAGUGGAAUUGACUGGGUGAAGUUGACUGAUAAUCAGGCCGACGAUCCCACUUAUUUAAAGGAAAACCUCUAUUGAUUAUGUAACGCAAACUUAUUUAACUUUUGUCAUCCGAUAUCUGUUGUUCUACAUGAUGCUAAGAAAAAUAGGGUACAAUGACUGGUGAAUCACGAGUGAUAAGUAAGUUUUGAUUUUGGUGCCACUAUUCCAGUGAAACAGUUAUUUUGCUGAUGGUCAAAAUCCUCUAUGUUCAGGAAUCGUUGUUAUUUUUUUGGAACUUCUUUCUGUCCUUUGAAGUCUUCUUUUGCUGGCUACAUGAUUUUCCACAAUCUCUCAUCUCUUCUACACAUAACAGCCUU